AGGGACGCUGCCGCCAUGGUGCGAUGCCUUCAGUGCGCCGGAAGUGACGUCACUAGGAGGCGCCAGGGAUCCGCGGCAGCGUGGGGGAGCCGCAGUCAUGACCCGGUCCCGACGACAGGUGGAGGCGUCCCGGAAGAAGCGCGUCCAGGCCCGGCGCACGCGCGGCGGGGGCAGGAAGGACCCGGGGGUGCCGCAGCUCGGCCGCUUCGCCGCCUACGUGCAGCAACAGAGCAAGAGCCGGCAGGGACGGGCGCUGCAGGAGCAGCAGCGGUCACUCCUGGCUGCGCAGCUGGCGGACGCUGUGCGGCGACAGCAGCGCUUCCAGAGCCAGGAGCAGGAGGAGGAGGAGCCCCCUCAGCCCCCCCAGGACGAGGCGUCGCUGCGUCAGUUCGGGCGGGAGCUGCGCAAGGUGCUGACGGCGUCUGAUGUGGUGCUGGAGGUGCUGGACGCCCGCGACCCCCAGGGCUGCCGCAGCCCCCGGCUCGAGGGGGCCCUGCGGCCCCAGCAGCGCCUCGUGCUCGUCCUCAACAAGAUCGACCUGGUGCCGCGGGAUGUGGUGGCCGCGUGGCUGAAGCAUCUCCGGGCCGAGUUCCCCACGGUGGCCUUCAAGGCGUGCACGCAGCAGCAGAGCCGGAACCUGAAGCAGAGCCGGGUGCCGGCGGCCGCAGCCCCCGAGGAGGUGCUGGAAGGGGGGGCCUGCGUGGGCGCCGAGAGCCUCCUGCACAUCCUGAGCAACUACGGCCGCUGCGGGGGGGCCAAGAUCUCCAUCACCGUGGGGGUCGUGGGGUACCCCAACGUGGGCAAGAGCAGCCUCAUCAACAGCCUCAAGCGCAGCCGCGCCUGCGGGGUGGGGGCCAUGCCCGGGGUCACCAGGUGCCUGCAGGCCGUGCAGCUGGACCGGCACAUCCGGCUCCUGGACUGUCCGGGCGUCGUGCUGGACUCGGGGGACCCCUCGGCCGCCGCCCCCCUGAGGGGGGCCCUGGCCCCGCAGCGCCUGCGGGACCCCCUGACCCCCGCCUGCGCCAUCCUGCGCCGCUGCCCCCCCCCAGCAGGUGCCGAGCUCUACGGGGUCCCCCCCUGCGCUGACCCCCUGCAGUUCCUGGCCCACCUGGCCCGGCGGCAGGGCCGGCUCCGGCCGGGGGGGCUGCCGGACGCCCACGCCGCCGCCGUGGCCCUGCUGCGCGACUGGACCAGCGGGAAGAUCUCGUACUACACCCACCCCCCCAAAUCGCAGGGGGUGCAACUCGAGGCCCAAAUCCUGCCGGCGCUGGGGCCAGCACUGGACCUGGAGGCUCUGGAACGGGGCGAUGCCGAGGCACUGGCAGCUGUCCCAGUGACGGUGACGGGCCUCGGGCUGUCCCCGGGCAAUGCUGAGGAGGAGGAAGGAGAAGCCAUGGAGGACGACAGCGGCGACCUGGAGCUUGGCACAAUGACGGUGGAGCUCAAGCCCCGGGUGAAGUCGGGGGGCACUGGGGGGGAGUCGGUGCCCCGGCCCCCAACCUGGAGGAGGUGGCUGCGCUCCCCCCUCUAUUCCAGGGCCAGGGGCUGCAGGCAGCUGGAAAAAGGAGGAAAAAGCUACAAAAAAGAGCAGAGAAAAUCGCCACAAAGCUGUCGGAGACGUUGGAGGCAGCCAUGCAGUUCUGAGGCAUCUACAGAUUAAAUAAAAAUUAAAAUACUA